AUGAAGCCCGUUGCCUUGAUCCUGCUCUUUGUGGCCAUCAGCCAGGCCAGAGUGCUGAAUCUGCCCAAGGAGGCGAUCGAUAUUCCUGUGGCCAUUGUCGAGGAUAAGGAGCCACCAGUAGCUUUACCUUUGGUGAAAGAGGAGAUAAAGGAGGCAGCUAUUCCAGAGGAAGUGAAGCCAAUUGUCCGAGAAGAAAAAGCCAAGUAUCACAGUGUGGAAGUGAAGCCAGAAAUCUUUAUUGAGAAGAUCAAAGAGCAGAUUAAGAAGCCGAUUGAGGAGCAAGUUAAGAAGCAGCUCAAUGAUCUUGAGAAAAAAUCCCUGGAGAUUAAGGAAAUUGAGCAGAAGCCUCAGGAAAUCAAGGAAGAAGCUCAGCUGCCAGAAAUCAAACAGGAGACGACACCAGAAAUCAAAGAAGAGCCUGCACAGAGCAUUUUGAAAUCUCUGCCAGCUGAAGAGGCCGUUGUUGUGCCUGCCGAGGAGCUGUCCCCGAAUCCGGUGGAGCAGGAGCAGUCGGAAAACCAGAACGCCGCCCAUCCUCAGGUCCGCCAAGCCACCCAGGCCACGCCCACCCAGCAGAGCACCACCCAGGGCAACUUUGUCCAGCAGUUGAUCCAGAACUCUCCCAUUGGCCAAUUCCUGAAUCAGUUCCAGCCGCAGCCAGCUGCUGCUGCCGCUCCAGCUCCAGCCCAAGCCCAGGCGGAUGAUGCUGCUGCUGCGGCACCUGCCACUCCGGCACCCACGGUGCCCGGUUUCCUGAAUCCCCAGGCUGCCAUCACCUCCGCCCAACAGGCGGUGCAAAAUGCCGCUCAGAGUGCCGUCAAUGCCACCACUCAGGCGUUCCAGGGCAUCCAGCAGUUCGCCAGCAACCUGGGCAACCAGUUCCAGAACACCCUGUCCAGCCUGACGGGCCAGCAGCAGCAGGCGGUGUCCACUACUCCGCGUCCACCAGGUCCCAUCCAGCAGUUUGUGAACAAUGUGUUUGGUGGCAACAACAAUGCCACGGCCGCUGCUCCGCCUGCCCAGCAAAGUGGCAAUCCCCUGCAGGGUAUCAUCAACUUCCUGGGUGGCAAUCGUCCCCAGAAUGCCCCAGCUGCCGCUCCAGCCACUCAGGCCACCGACAAGCCCGCCGUCGAUGACAAAAUCGAUCCUGCCAAGGAUGAUGAGGUGGCUGAGUUUGUGCCGGAUUCCGAGAAUGAGGUGCGUGCGAGUGGCGAAAGCAUUGACGAUUCCUUCGAGGAGGCUGGAGUUCCUUCGAAUGAGGUUAUUGUGGUCAACGAUGAUGCCGGCGAGGAUGGAAACGCUAUCCAGAAUCAUCCGGUGGCCACCGAUGCAGUGGCUCUCUAA